UACACUCGUCACUAUUCGUUUUUUUUGCUCUCUUUCUCUCUCUCUGGGUGGAAGUUUUGGUUUUUCCUCUUCCCCUUUUUUUUUUUCUAAUUCGCAGCCCAUCCGUUCUGUUCUUCAGCUUUGCCUCCAAACGUCGUCGCUUGCCUUUAAUUCCGCCGGUGACCGAUUUAUCAUCAAGAAGGAUAGGUGCAAAAAGGCGAGGCAGCCAGUAUAACAUAGUGGCAUCCAGGAGUGCAGGUGACUAGUAAAGUGUAUUAGCUAGCUGUCACUGGAGAGUGUUAGCUUGCCACAGGAAGUACUAUGGUUGCUGCUUUUCAGCUCCAUUAAACUGUACUAUAUUCUUCUUAGUUGGCUCAGAGCACGGGCCAACGGCAGCUAGUAUAUAUAACUCAGUGUGUUUUUAUUUUCGAUUGAAUAUCAACCUGUUGCCUCUCCCAAGACCUAAAAAGCCACAGUCAAACUGCACAGAAACAAUAAAGAAGGUGAUGGCGAUGAUCGUCAGGAGAAGCAGAAACUCUGUAUGUCUCUUGCACGAAGUCCUCUCUUCCAGCCACUUACUUCCCUGCUCAUACAUCCAGAGGCAGACCUACGUAGAUGUGUACAUGAAAUGGAAGAAAGACUCUUUUUUUGACUCCAUUGAUACCAUUCACAGAUCAGUUCAACUCAAGCCUUUAAUUGCUCUCAAGAACUGCAUAGUCUCCUCUUCACCUGAUGAUUAUUGUGUCCCCAUUUCUGCAAUUUCAAAGAAAGGCUUAGAGUUAGGAAUACCCAUUAAGGUUGCCAUGUUCUUGAGGUUGUACCCAUCUGUUUUUGAGGAAUUUACUGGCCCUAAAUACAAUUUGCCUUGGUUUAGACUGACCCAGAGGGCUGUUGAGCUUGAUAGAGAGGAGAGAGAGGUGUAUGUAAAAUUUAAAGAUGAUAUCAUUUUGAGGCUGAAGAAGUUGAUACUGAUGAGUGGCAGGGAAAAGAUGCUUCCUUUAAAGGUAAUUCAGGGUCUGCAAUGGUAUUUGGGUUUACCCGACGAAUUCUUAAGGAACCCAGAAGACAAUCUUGAUAAGUGUUUCAGACUUGUGGAAAUGGAAGAUGGAUUGAAAGGGCUAGCUGUUAAUGUCGAUGGAAGUGAGAGAUUUCUAUCGAUGAUGCAGAGGAAUGCAAUGAGGAGAGGAGUGUAUAGUGGUGUGGAGGGUGAGGUGCUAGAAUUUCAAUUAUUUCCGUCAAAGGGAUUGAGACUUAAAAGGAAGAUUGCAGACUGGUUUGAUGAGUUUCAGAGGCUUCCAUAUGUUUCACCCUAUGAGGAUUAUUCUGGUUUGGAUCCAAAUAGCGAUACAGCGGAAAAACGAGUGGUGGGUGUGCUUCACGAGUUGCUUAGUUUGUUUGUUGAGCAUGCUGCAGAAAGGAAGAAGCUUUUGUGUCUUAGAAAACACUUCGGGUUGCCACAAAAAGUUCACAAGGCGUUUGAGAGGCAUCCUUAUAUCUUCUAUUUGUCACUGAAUAAUAAGACUUGCACUGCAAUACUAAAAGAAGCUUACUGUGAUAGAGGGGCUAUAGAGCAACAUCCUUUAGCAAAAGUGAGGAAAAAAUACAUCAGUUUGAUGAAGGAGUCAGCGGAUAUACUGAAACGUAAAAGGUUAAACAAUAGACCACAUGAUCAGGGUAACAUGAAUAUUAAGGAUUUGGAUUAUACAGAUGAUGAAGAAGUGAAACUGCAACAGAGUAGCUCUGCUCUUUGAGGUUUGCAGCUAAAACAACUUCUUCUUCUUUUCUUGUUUUGAGAAUGGUAACAUAGCUAAAACAAGUCUUGGAUCUAAAGAACCGUUUUAAGUAGGAGCCGGGAAAUUUUUUCAUAAUCUGGAACAGCUUCCGAGGUGGGAUAAAGGCUUUUUGGGUGGUAAGGUGGACAUAGCGCGUGGAUUCUGCACUUCUCUCAUUUGUUAAUGGUGAUUCCAGUAUGAUGGCACUGACCACAGCACACGCAAACGACACAUAGCAUGAUGUAUUAUCAAUGGAGCUUCAACUCUUAAACAAGAGUACACGAUUUGCUCGCGAGAUACAUUGUUAGAUGGUUGAUGUGCUCUAGAUCUCUAUAUCUGAAAGGCACAAUGCUACAUGUAUGAAGUGAUGUUGGAUAGUUAUUGAGCUCACUGUAUCUCAUUGUUUUCUCAGACAUCUAAAUAUAAUUUUUUUUUGUUUCCGUUGUUUUAUGC